GGAGAUGCCAAGUGUUAGAUCGAUUUAUUAAUGAUACUGCUUAAAAUAGAAACUAAUUAAAAGAAUGGCUUCAAUUGGACAAAUAAUCUUCGGGAGUAUUUUUUGCAGUAUGAUUUUCCUUAUCAUUUUAAUCUCCGGACUCAUCAUUUUAAUUUUAGCCAUUGCAUUUUCAGUGUCCCAAGGUACGGUCGAGACCAGUACCCCUUCUACUGUGGGGAAUCUUGAACAGGACGUGGUGCUGGAUUGCAAGUUUCUUAUGAGCGGCAGUCGGAAGUUUGAUGAUGUGUCAAUCACUUGGUUAAAGGAUGGUCUCAGUGGGGUGGUGUAUGAUUACAAGAACAAAGCACCCCAACUUCAGGGUCAGAACGCACAGUUCAACAACAGAGCUCUACUGUUCCAAAAUGAAAUAUCUACAGGCAACGCUUCAUUAGUCCUGAGAAAUGUGAAGUUGGGAGAUGAGGGUGUGUAUCGCUGUAGGGUCAAUGCAGCAAAAAUCUCAGGAACGGUCAGCGUAAAUCUUAGAGUGGCAGCAUUUUCAGCUCCCACAUUUACCAUACAGACAAAUGGUUCUUUAACUGCUGAUGCUCAGAGAUGGUUUCCCCUACCUGAGGUUACCUGGUCAAGUCAGAGUGGACAGCUUUUAAACAGCAGCAGUCGAUACAGCAACAACUCUGUUGGGAUCACACGAGUUGUCAGUCUCCUGAAAGCACCAGUAAAAGCUGACGACACCUACACCUGUGUUAUACAAAACAAUGUGGUGAAAGCUGUUGCGGAGGCAACUGUCACAGGACUGCGACAAAACAUGAUCAAUGGAACUCCGAUAUUACGAUUCACCAUGGCAACGGCACCAAAAAAAAACAAAAUGCCGGCAGAAAAGGUUUGAGGGCGAAGCACACUUUCCUUACCGCUUUGCAUAUGGAUUUACUAAUGUGAUUAGUUAGUGUGUUUAAAUUAAUAAAUAGAUACAUGUACCAAUAAACAAAUAAAUUAAUAAAUGAAUCAGUAAAUUAAUGAAUGCAAAGAGGAAGAAAUAAUUAAACUUAUAACUUAUGUUCUCAGUUUUUUCACUACAGCACUCAUGCGGACUGAGACAUCAUGGUGUAUAGGACACUUGUUAGGGCGCUAGACUCUCAUGCCACUGUGCGUCUGAUCAUUGUAGAUUUGGGUAGGAGUGGCUGAACAUUUAAAUUUAUUAUUUUGUACUUUUAUCUGUUCAUUUCUGCAGGUAAUUUCUCAUCCUCCAUAGAAAACUGCCAUUUGUGAGAAAAUUUAAAGAAUCUGCUCUGAAGUGAAAUACACGGCCACAAUGACUGAUGUUUUUGAUGUUUUUAAAGGAUGGAUGAGAUACAUUUUGAGUAUGUAAUUCACUUUUUCAAGAAAAAGGCAAGGGGAUAUGACAAAAUUCCACUCGGGUCCUAAAUUAUUCUCCUGAAAUGAAAGUAACUUACAUCCAUAUGAAUGAAUUUAGCCUCUUCAUGUACAAGAUCCUCUAUAAAAGAACAUGACAUUUUAGUCACUGAGAUGGUCUCUGAGUGAUCAAAAUGUAUACCAUGAAUGACUGUAUUAAAUGAAGGAAUGAGGUACACCACAUGCGCUCUGGGUUUGCCAAAAAAAUAUGCUCCCGACCAGGUUAGGUUCACAAAGUAACUAUGGUUAAUGACUCGAAGUAGAAGUUACCUCUCUUUUAGAAACCAGCUUGAGUUACCCCGCUUUCUCGGGUUUGACAGUCCACACAUUCUGAAACGGAAAACCCAGUUUCCCUAAUUUCAUGGUUAAUAUACUCAGUUUUCACUAAACCUCCUUUCAGAAAUGGGCCCCAUAACUCACCCAUUGUCAUAAUAUUUACUCAAAGCUAUUAACACAGCAAAGGUAGGAGACAGAGACAAAAACUUUUCAACAACAUGACAACACUAUGCAAGUAAUUGAUUGAGCUGUUUCCUGUUUAUUCCUUUUCAGACAACAAAGUGACGGGGAGGACAUACUUCAUUUUUAGUGGUGCAUCUACAAAAGCAUUAUCCUUACACAUACUGUUAGCAGUGGUAUUUCUUUACUUUGUUCUAGACUGUAGUGAUUGGUUGAUGGUCAAGUCAAC